AUGGCUUUGUUGCAGAAUGGUCUGAACGGACGUGCUUUGCAACCUGGCGACAUCCUCCUGGUUAUCCACGAUUUUGAUGCUAGAAGCGCCGACGAACUGACUCUACGAAGAUCCGAACGCGUCGAACUCAUCGACCUUGACGAUGGCUUCAAUGAUGGCUGGUUCAUGGGUAGACACCUUACAAGAGGAGGCACUGGUUUGUUUCCAGCCGUCUAUACCACAAAAGCACCGCUUGUCCGCCACACCCCAAACAAUUCUGCCAGUUACAGUGUCCAUAACGCCCCUACCGUGACGAACCAAGUCCCGAGACAUCAACCUGCAAACGAGUCAGCACAGCUGCAACCACAACCUCUAACAGAUGGUUCAUAUGACAGCCUGCGCUCGUCCUUACCGACUUCGCAUCACACUACCUGUGUCCAGCGCUCUAUAGGGGAAACGUUAAACGAACAUGAGGACUCCGAUAGUCCUGUGAUGAAUGAGACCCUGAACGUCAUCGAUGAACAUAUCACCGAUCUCAGUACUCCUCGUCAGACAACUGGCCACCUUCGUGUACACGACGAUUCGGAAAGUGAAUAUAGUAGCCACCUCGAUCAACGUUCUUACCUUGCUGGCCCCGAGACUGAUGACGAGGACAAUGUUGGCCUGGACGAAGUUACAGUCCGCUCCUGGGAUCAUAUCCAGACCUCCCGGCAUCUCCGCGAUAUUGGCGUUGAUCCCAAGCACUGCGACAUCUUCAUCGAGCAGGAAAUCUCUGGUGAUGUCCUCCUUGACAUGGACCAGAACUUUAUAUACAUGAAAGACUUUGAUUUUGGUGUCAUGGGCAAAAGGCUCAAGACUUGGCACAAAAUCCGUGAUUUUCAGUGCGAGGUCAAGUCGCACCCUUCAUUCUCCAGGAGGACCUCGGACCGGAAACAGUCCAUCGGACAUAUCAGUCGCGCAUCCCUGGGCACAUCCACUGCUUCCCUACCACGAAAUACACCUCUACCGCAACCAAUUACCGAAGAACCCAAUCACAUAAUACAGCCUCUGCAGCCUAUCCAGGGCUCGAAACGAACCAGCUGGGCAGGAGCAAUGCCCACGAAUUCUUGGAAACUCGUCGCACCUCCCGAAAGCUCGGUCAGGCCUGAAACUGCAACAACUCGACAUUCGAAGCGUCACUCCUCUAUUGACUUCGGCGCCCAGCCUGACCUGGAGUUUUCAGCAUUGUCCGCCGCAUCACCGCAGAAUAAAUUAUCAACCGACAGGACUUGGUCAGUCGCUGGUACUGGCAGUACACAGGCCACAACUCCUGCUUCAUCGAUCCGUCCGAGUACAAAAGUCGAAGACGCUCGCGCCUUUGCCGGAUCACCCAACCCUGUGGAGCAGUCACCACUGGAUGUAGAUAGAGGCUACUUUAGUGGUAAUGAGCUGGACAAUCGGAAGAUGCGCAACAGGUUAAGCAAAGCCCAUUCUCGUCAGACCAGUCUUGGAGACCAGCAAUCGAGGCGAACUUCCAUUAUAAAAAAGCACUCUAGACUAAGUAGUGCUGGAUCUGUACGCGAAGAUUCUGUUAUCGCGCCUUCGGUCGCAUCUGACACACAUCAUGCACCACUCAAGACUGGUAGAUUCAGGUCUUCCAGCGCUCGUGUUAGUUCCAACCCAUCUUUCAUGGUGAGCAGGUCGCCAGCCGUGACAAACCUAGAAAACAACUCAACCUCAAAUGUCAGUAUCGGGUCUCCUGCUGCUGAAAAGAUGAAGAUGCAAGAUCGGGCACGCAAGCUUAUAGGUCUCAGAGCCACCUCAGAUGCAAUUACCACAGACGAAAAGUCGAUUGCCAUCAGGACGAUUCCUUUCAACGACGACGCCAAGUCCUCUGACCUGCUUGCAUCCCCAAAUACAGGCGAUACUACUCCGUCAGCCACUCCUAGCCUCGAGAUAGAUACACCAGAAGGCGAGACUGUAGGAAAUGCUCUUUUGAAAUACACGUCGAGACCAAGAGCGAAAAGCAAGCAGCGCACAAGCGCGUACACCCAUGGCUUACUCAAAAUACCUCCCUCAGAAGCUCGUAAAACAUGUGAUCAUGCAGGGUGGAUGAAGAAGAAGGCUUCAGGGCUAAUGACGACAUGGAAGCCAAGGCUGUUUGUUCUUCGUGGUCGAAGACUAUCUUACUACUACUCAGAAAACGACACAGAAGAACGCGGCAUCAUUGACAUCUCAGCACACAAGGUUUUAGUGGCUAAUGACGACCCAAUGGUCACUAUUCAUGCUAGUGUAACAGGCGCUUCAAAAGCUUCCUCCACACCCCGACCGGAGAGUGCGAUCGGUUCAAUUGUAAAGCCAGCUGCACCAACUGGCGUCUUCUACUUCAAGCUCGUCCCACCAAAGACAGGCUUGUCGCGAGCUGUACAAUUCACGAAGCCAGCGAUUCACUACUUCCAGGUCGACUCUAUAGCCGAAGGUCGAAAGUGGAUGGGCGAGAUCAUGAAAGCGACAAUUGAGCACGAUCUUUCAUCCUUCGAAACGACAAACAAACAAAGAACCAUUUCGCUUGCAAAGGCUAGGGCGAGGAAGGAACGGCCACCGGCUCUAGGAGAUACGAAGCCGGUAGAAGACCAGGUUGCAAGACCGGAGCUCAGCCAAACGGAGAGCGGGUUAGGCAUCGAAUUUCAGACCAUGUCCACGGAUCUUAAAGAGGAGAAGCCAGCUGAAACACUUGGGCUGAAACCACUAUCGACCUUGGGUCUGGCAUCCAAGACGUCGUUAGCUAGGAUUACAGAAGACAGCGAAAAGAGGUUGACAGGAACAUUCCCGAACUCAGAAGAUAAAGAGAAUGUGGUGCAUUCCUGA